AAUUUGAUUUUAAAAAAUUCAGAAAGCUUCCACAAUAUGUUACACCUUCUUUGCCCAACUUCACAUCAGGAAGAAUCCAAGGAGAAGAACUCUGUAAACUCUUUGGAGCCUUAUCAUCAAGUUUUCUAACAUCUGUUGAAAAUGGCCACAGCAUGAAGACUUCACAGAGAUCACAAGAAGCUGGAUCCUCUCCUCCGGUCAAAAAGCUGCUUGAUAAACCAAAUACUAUCACCAGCAUAAAUAUUUGGUAUGGACUUCGAGGUUUCUUUGGUUCGGUUUCCAAUGUGACCUGUCUAAAUGAUGAAGAAAUCUGGACAAGUGGAGAUGAAAACACCAUGAAACUCUGCAGCAUUAGUCAGGGAUCUCUACUCAAGGCAAUCAAAACUAAGUCAAGGAAUGAACCAGCAGAUAUAGCAGUGACAAAAAGUGGAGAUCUAGUUUAUACUGAUACUGAUGAUAGAACUGUGAACAUUGUGAAGAAUGAGAAGAUAGAGGCGGUGAUUAGACUACAGAACUGGAGACCUAAAGGUGUUUGUAGUACCUCCUCUGGUGAUCUUUUGGUCAUCCUUAUGAGUAAUAAUAAAAAACAAUCAAAAGUUGUCCAUUACCAUGGUUUCAUAGAGAAACAAACCAUUCAGUUUGAUGAUAAAGGAAAAACUCUCUUCUCUGAUUCUACCAAUUUCAUAACUGAGAACAGAAACCUGGAUAUCUGUGUGUCUGACAGUGGAGUUACAGCAGUAGUAGUGGUUAAUCAGGCUGGGAAACUGAGAUUCAGGUACACUGGACAUACUCCAGCUCCAAAGAAAAAAUCAUUCAGUCCACGAGGAAUCACCACAGACAGUCAGAGUCACAUCCUUACAGCUGAUGACAACAAUGAAUGUAUCCACAUUAUAGACCAGGAUGGACAGUUUCUCCGUUACAUAGACUGUGAACUCGAUGCACCCUGGGGACUGUGUUCAGAUACAAAUGACAACCUGUUCGUUGUUCAAAAAUAUAUCUCACAAGUGAAGAAAAUCAAAUAUCUGCAAUAA